CCGGCCGCCGCUCGCCGCCGCCAUGGGCCCCGGCGGAGCCCGGCGCGUCGCCGGCUGCCUGCUGCUGUGCUGGGCGCUGGCCGCCGCCCGCGCCGCCCCGCGCCGGACACCCUCGUUCGGCGGCCACGUCGCGGAGAACCGCCCGGCGGGCACGCGUGUGCGCGGGCUGAGCAUCCCCCUGACGCGGCUGGGGCCCGAGCCCUGGUGCGCCAAGGUGCAGGGGCGCCGCUGGCGCCUGCAGCUGCUGGGCGAGGGCCACUCGCACUUCCAGGUGUCGCUGCACGCCCGCACGGCCCGCGUCUGGCUGCGCACCCGCCGCCCGCUGGACCGCGAGGCGCGGGCGCUGUACGCGCUGCGCCUGGGGCUGUGCUGCAAGCGCUGCGUGCCGCGCGGCGCCGCGCCCGCCGAGCUGGCCGCCCUCACCGUCCGCGUGCUGGACGACAACGACAACGCGCCGCGCUUCGUCGGCGGCCCGCGGCCCGGCGUCACGCAGCUGCGCGUGGAGGAGACGCUGGCGCUCAAGUCGCAGGUGUGGCAGGCGCGCGCCGAGGACGCGGACGCGGGCGCCAACGCCGAGCUGCGCUACUUCGCCCUCCCGCGCAGCGCGCACUUCUUCGUGGUGCCGCGCAGCGGGCGCGUGGUGCUGGUGCGCUCCCUGCUCCACCUGCGCGCGCCCAUCCCGCUGCGCCUCUACGCGCGGGACCGCGGCCGGCCGGCGCUGCGCAGCGAGCCGCUGGAGCUGGAGGUGCUGCCGCAGCCCAAGCGCCUCCCGCCGCCCCGCGCCGCCGCCCGCCGCCGCCGCCGCCGGGCUCCGCCGCCGCCGGGCCCCGCCGCCGCGCCGCUGGCGCUCUCCCUGCCCGAGGACGCCCGCCCGGGCAGCCGCCUGGCCGCGCUGGCCCCGGCGCGCUUCGCCUCCGCCUGGUUCGAGCUGGUGGCGCCGCCCGUCGAGGAGUCGCCGGUGCGCGUGGAGCGGGAGACCGGCGAGGUGAGGCUGGCCGCGGGCCUGGACCGGGAGGCGGCGGCCGCCUGGGAGAUCGUCGUCCGCGUCCGGGAGCGCCGAGGAAAGGAUUGGUACUUGGUGCAUUUGUCCCUUACUGUGACAGACGUGAAUGACAACGUACCUGAAUGGGCCAUGGAGCCCUUCCCGUUCUUGGCUGUGGUUUCCCCUGAAGCUGUGGGAGGUACUGAAGUAUACAAGCUGCUUGCUGUGGAUGCAGAUGAAGGGAUCCAUGGAGCUGUAGAAUAUUUUCUCUUGGAAGGUGGGGAAGACAGAUUUGAAGUUGAGAAGGACACUGGCUGGAUUAAAACUACAGGUCUGCCAUUGGUGAGGGACAAAGAGUAUUUACUGACUGUACUAGCAGCAGAUAAACUCGGAAGCAAAGGCUCUCCAGCCUCUGUAUCUGUAAUUGCUGGAUCGCGACCACCACAGUUCACCAACAUGUCAUACUUGGUUUAUGUUCCUGAAAGUAUGCUGCAAGGAAAAUCCUUUCUUACUGUCUCUGCUGUAUCAUAUCAAAAGAAAUCCCUGAGCUACAGUUUACUGACUAAUCCUAGUGGUCUAUUCAGUAUUGAUCGAGCAACAGGAGGUAUCAGUUUAACUCGGAGUGUGGAUUAUGAGAGUGACCAACACCAGUAUCUUCUUUUGGUCAGAGCAGAGGAAAAUGAGGAAGAGUUCAGCAGUGCAGCUGAGGUUUUGGUUGUAAUCACAGAUGUGAAUGAUUGCAUCCCCGAAUUUGAUCAGUUGAUUUACAGCAAAGUUGGUGUUCCUGAAACAGUUACUAUGACAACUGCGCUUCUACAAGUGACAGCCACUGACUGCGAUUCAAAAGAGAAUGCCAAAUUACUCUAUUACGCUUUGAGUCAAGACUUCAGUAUUACUUCAGAUGGUACUAUUUUUCCAGCAACACGGUUGGACUAUGAGCAACCUGACCAUCUUUAUGAGUUUGUAAUUAUGGCUGUAGAUCAAGGGGAAGAGCCGAAGACUGGGACAGCAACUGUUAGGAUCCAUGUUUCAAAUGUGAAUGAUGAAGCACCUGUGUUUUCCCAGACAGUCUAUAGGAGUUUUGUUUCUGAAGAUGCAGGCCCAAACACACUGGUUGCUACAGUUAAUGCUGUUGACCCUGAUGGAGAUGGUGUGACAUACGAUAUUCUGUCUGGGAAUCAAAAAGGAAACUUUGUUAUUGACCCUAAGAAAGGGCUAGUUAGACUUCGUUCAAGUCCGUUUCCUAAGCUGCAGGGGACAGAGUAUGUACUUAAUGUCACAGCUACUGAUGAUAACGCCUCUGGAGGGCCCCAUUCUCUUACAAGUACUGCCCAGGUUGUUGUGAAGAUUGAUGAUGUCAACAAUAACAAACCUGUCUUUCAGAAGUGUCAGUAUUACCGGGAACAUGCUUCUGUAUUGGAAAACCAGCCUUCAGGGACAGUUGUACUGCAGGUUGAAGCUACUGAUGCUGAUGAAGGAGACAAUGGUGUAGUGAAAUAUGGCUUGAUGCACAGAGAUGGUGUCCUACCAGCAUUUAGUAUUCAUCCUGACACAGGAGUUCUGGCAACUCUUCAGAUAUUUGAUCGAGAAAAACAGAGGGAAUAUCCCGUCACUGUGACAGCAACAGAUCAGGCAGCGGAACCACUCAUUGGAAUGUGUCAGAUAAAUAUUGUCAUCUUGGACCAAAAUGACAAUGAUCCCAGAUUUGAAAACACCCACUAUGAAUAUUUCCUAAGAGAGGACACAAGAGUUGGGACCAGCUUUCUUCGUGUUGCAGCCCAUGAUGAUGACUACAGCUCAAAUGCUGCCAUUACAUAUUUGAUAGCAAAUGAAGAACCAAACUUCUUACAAAUUAAUCCUACUACAGGAUGGGUGUUUGUGAACCAACCCAUAUCUCAGACAUCAUCUAUAAUUCGAGAGAUUAUUGCUACAGAUGGAGGCAAUAGGAGCAGUAAAGUUGAACUUGCGGUAACUAUUACCAGUGCAAAAAACCAGCCUCCACAGUGGGAAAGAGACAGCUAUGAAGUUGUUAUUCCAGAGAAUACUACACGAGAUGCAUCAGUUUUGACAAUCAAAGCAACUUCUCCCCUUGGUGAUCCCCGUGUGACUUACAACCUAGAAGAGGGACUUGUUCCGGAGACCAACAUGCCAGUUCGUUUCUACCUGACUCCAAACAGACAUGAUGGUUCUGCUUCCAUCCUGGUAGCUGAGCCACUAGAUUAUGAAACAACAAAGAGCUUUCUGCUGAGGGUUCGAGCACAGAAUGUUGCUGCAUUUCCUCUGGCAGCAUUCACUACAGUCUACAUUAAUGUAACAGAUGUCAAUGACAAUGUCCCAUUCUUCACUUCAUCUAUUUAUGAAGCCUGGGUAACAGAGGGAGCUGGUGUUGGGACAUUUGUCAUUCAGGUGUCUGCCACCGACCUUGACCUUGGUCAGAAUGGUGAGAUAACUUACUCCCUGUUACAUGACAGUGGCAGAGACUACACAUAUUUUCACUUGGACUCACAGACAGGCUCAAUAUACACUGCCUCAGUGUUUGAUAGAGAGAAGAAGAGGUCCUAUCUUCUCGAAGUCAAGUCAGUAGAUGGCUCUGAAUCAGCUCGACCUGGAAAACAUGGGAAGCCAAACUCAGACACAGCCUACGUGCGCGUUUUUAUCAGCGAUGUGAAUGAUAACAAGCCUGUCUUCACUCAGAGUGUCUAUGAAGUUAAUGUGGAUGAAGACCAGGAUGUGGGCUCAAGUAUCAUUACAGUCAGUGCUAAUGAUGAAGAUGAAGGAACAAAUGCUAAAUUACGGUAUCAGAUCACAGCUGGAAACACAGGAGGAGUACUUGAUGUAGAACCAGAAAUGGGAGCCAUUUUUAUUGCUCAACCACUGGAUUAUGAAGAAACAAAAAUGUAUGAGAUUCACUUGUUGGCCUCUGAUGGGAAAUGGGAAGAUUAUGCAGUUAUCGUCAUCAAUGUCUUGAAUAAAAAUGAUGAGACUCCAGUUUUCUCUAUCAAUGAAUACUAUGGAAGUAUAAUGGAGGAACUGGAUGGGUUACCAGUCUUUGUACUUCAGGUCAUGGCAAAUGAUCCUGAUAGUAAUGUGGAUGAAGGAGAUUUGAGAUACUCAUUGCAUGGGCAUGGUGCAACAGAUAUUUUCACAAUAGACGAGAAAACGGGCAGCAUUUACUCUCACAAGAUGCUGGAUCGGGAAGAGAGAGCACUGUGGAGAUUUGUUGUAUUGGCUACUGAUGAAGGUGGAACAGGACUUACAGGAUUUGCUGAUGUAAUUAUUAAUGUGUGGGAUGUAAAUGACAAUGCACCCAUGUUCACAUGCAUGCCUGAUGAUUGCAACGGGAAUGUCUUUGAAAAUUCUCCUGCAGACACAUUAGUCAUGGAAAUGGGUGCAGUUGAUCGGGAUGAUCCAAAUGUAGGUCUUAAUGCUGUCCUGACUUACAGGAUAACAGAGAAUGUAAAAAAUGAGUUUGGUACUGACAUGUUCAAUAUCGAUGCCAAUACUGGUACAAUUCAUGUAGCGGGGGGAAUGCUAGACAGAGAAAGGACUGAAAAUUACUUUCUUACUGUUGAAGCAAGGGAUGGGGGAGGGCUAACGGGAACUGGCACUGCCACUAUCUGGAUUGCAGAUGUCAAUGAUCAAGUACCUAAAUUCACAAAAAAGAUGUGGCAGGCAGUAAUUCCUGAAAACAGUGCCAUCGACUCAGAAGUUCUGCAAGUGUGUGCUACAGAUGCAGAUGUUGGGGAAAAUGCUGACUUAAUAUUCAGUAUCAUCGGUGGAGACCCAGACCAGAAGUUUUAUAUAGAGAGUGACAAAGAAUGGCAAUGUGCCACCAUUCGACUGAAAAAAGAAUUGGAUUUUGAGAAUGCACAUGAAAGGCAGUUUAAUCUUACUAUUACAGUAGAAGAUCUUGAUUUUUCUAGUAUUGCAGUAUGCCUGAUUGAAGUUGAAGACUCUAAUGAUCAUAGCCCAGUUUUCCUUUCUCAGUUUAUUGAGACAAGCCCUGUCUUUGAAAACAUGCCUGUAGGUGCUACAGUAGCCACAGUGAGAGCUACAGACAAGGAUUCUGGUUUGAAUGGGAACAUUAUAUAUUCUAUAAAGUCAGAUUCGGAUCCUAUCAGACAGUUUGCAGUUGACCAAUAUGGUCAUGUCGUUGUGGCAAAUACACUAGAUCGUGAAGCCAUUCAAAAAUACAGUUUAAUUGUACAAGCUUCAGAUCAAGGGACACCUGCCCACACUGGAAGCAUUACAGUUUUGAUUAACUUGCUUGAUGUUAAUGACAAUGGACCAAGGUUUGAGGCACCAUACACGCCUGUAGUUUGGGAAAACAUGCUGAGGCCUGAAAUUGUGUAUAUGAACCAUACAUCAAAGCUGCUUCAUGCAUUUGAUCCGGACAGUGAGGAAAAUGGGCCACCUUUCACAUUUUCAUUGCCACCAGAUUAUCAGAAUUCUUUGGAUUUUUCUCUUACUGACAACAGAAAUAACACAGCAACUGUAACUGCUUUGAGGUCCUUUGACAGAGAAAAGCAGAAGGUGUUUCAUCUGCCAAUAGUUAUAACAGAUAGUGGGAUUCCAGCUAUGAGCUCUACAAACACCCUAACUAUAACAAUUGGUGAUGAAAAUGACAACUGCCAUGAAUCUGGCCAUAAGGAGGUCUAUGUGUACAGUUACAAAGGAAAAUGGUCAACAACAGUGCUUGGGGAAGUGUUUGCACCAGAUCAAGAUGACUGGGACAAUAAAACGUUUCUCAUUGAAGGAAAACUGCUCAAGUCUUUCAGAUUAAAUCAGAAGACUGGUUCUUUGAUGAUGGUGGAUAACACUUCCCAAGGAAUAUACAACUUGAAAGUUAGAGUUUCUGAUGGAGUUUGUCCUGAUGUUAUAUCUACAGUACGAAUCCAUGUCAAAGAGCUGGAAAAUGAAGCCAUAAAAAACUCAGCCACUGUGCGUCUUUCAGAUGUCACAGCAGAGGAGUUCAUAAGGAGAGACAAACAUGGCAAAACAAGACAUGGCCAGUUCAAGGAAUUACUAGGAAAAAUGUUACCUGCUAAGCUUAGUGAUAUCAUUGUCUUCAGUGUGGUGAACAUAGAUGGAAGACAGACAGAUGUAAGAUUUGCAGUCCGUGAUGGCUCGGCAUAUUACAGACCUGAGAAACUACAUGCUGAGAUGGCAGCAUUUAAAAAUGAGAUCCAGUCAGCUUUACAAUUCAACAUUUCACAGAUUGAUGUAGAUGAAUGUAGGACUGCAAAUUGUAGUGAGGGCACGGGUUGUACAAACUACUUCAUCAUGAGUGACAUCCCAACAGUGAUGGAUACUGGAAGCGUGUCAUUUGUCUCCGUAACAAGCAAUGUCAAUGCUGUCUGCACCUGUGCAGCUAGGGACCGAGUUCAUCAGUCUUGUUCUUCCUACCCUCGAAGCCCUUGUCUCAAUGGUGGGGUGUGUAUUGACACUUUGAAUGGUUACAGAUGUCUUUGUCCUGCUUCAUUUCAUGGACCAGACUGCCAGCAGACUAAGCACAGUUUCCAUGGUAAUGGUUAUGCAUGGUUUCGUCCCAUCAGGCCUUGUUUCAAAAGCUUGCUCUCUCUCGAGUUUAUUACUGCGGUUCCUGAUGGACUUCUACUGUAUAGUGGUCCUUUAUCAAAUCCAGAACCUGGGAGUACAGAAAACUUCAUUGCAAUAGAACUCUCCGGUGGUAUUCCUGUGCUGAAGAUGAGCCAUGGCUUGGGUUUUGUGACGCUGCAGUUUCCAAGUCACCUGAAUGUAGCAGACAAAAAAUGGCAUCAACUAGAAGUCAGAACCAAUGGUCAGGAUGUUCGAUUCACUUUGGAUCACUGCGGUGCAGCUGUCGUUUCAGAGAUAGAAGGAGUAGGUAAAUGGCUGUCCACUGAAGAUCGUACAAAUUGUGAAGUCGUUGGGUCUGUGCCACGAAGAGCAAGGUAUUUGAAUGUGAACCAUGUUCUCCAGCUGGGUGGCGUGAAAGAAUCGUUACCAUAUUCCUACCCACAAUUGCUGCACAAACACUUUUCUGGUUGUUUACGCAAUUUCGUCUUGGAUACUCAGGUAUAUGACCUUCAGUCUCCUGCAGAGUCCCUGAAUAGCCUCCCUGGCUGCACACUUACGGAUGGGAGCUGUGAGACCUUGGGGUCUUCUUCUUGUGGUGUUCAUGGGAGGUGUCUUGGAGACUGGGGUUCAUUUGCGUGUCAUUGUUUGCCGGGUUACUACGGCUAUCGAUGUGAUAAAGCUGCCAAAGAGUACACAUUUGGGCCAGGAAGUUACAUUCGCUAUCAGCUUCCCAUCAGCGUGCCUGCCCGUAGGACGCUGUUUGAAGCCAUGAUUAGGACACGGCAGCCUGACAGUGUCAUCACAAGCAUGUUGUCUCGAAAUAAGGACGAACACAUCACCCUACAGGUUGUUCAGGGAUUCUUAGUGGUCUCAUAUAAUCUGGGUGAUGGAGACUAUUCUGUAAGCCUUCCCUCCUACCACAUUGAUAAUGGUGAAUGGCAUCAUAUCACACUGGAGAGAAAUGAAAAUGAAUUUACUCUUCGCCUUUAUGAAGGAGGUGGGAAGAGAGAAAUUCUGAAAGCAGCAGGAACGUACAAAGAGAUUGUGAUUGACCCUAGCAGCUUGGUCCUUGGAAACACCUACCCAUUCACUCAGAACAAGAGUUUUCAAGGAUGUAUGAAGGAUGUCAGAUUUAAUAACUACAGAAUCCCUCUGGACGCUCACGUGAAGGAGCUGGUGUCAGUAUUAAGUGCCCAAGGCGUCAAAGAAGGCUGUUCUUCAGAGGCUUGUAGGAAUAACCCUUGUAACCAGGAAUUUAUUUGUGUUGAUUUGUGGAUGAUGCAUGAAUGCAGUUGCCCUCCUGGACACAUGAUCAUGGAGAAUGCCACUGGCAGACAGUGUGUCUACACUGCGUGUGCUGAGAGGCCCUGUAACUAUGGUACCUGCAUCUCGCUGUCACCAACCAAGUUCCAGUGUCACUGCCCUGAUGGCUAUACUGGACCUAACUGUGAAAUCACACUGGCGAUCUUCCACAAGGAUACAGGCCUGAGCUUUAGUUCCGUGUUUGCCAUCUGCAUUUGCUUUUUGGCGCUGUUAGCUCUGUUCAGCGCUGUAUUCUUGUGGGCUCGCUGGAAGACUCGCAGAGGUCUGCACGGAGGAGUUCACCACGUAUCUGCGCAUCAUGAGGAUUUGGAGGACGUCAGAGAAAAUAUCCUCAACUACAAUGAAGAAGGAGGUGGGGAACAAGAUGAAGAUGCAUACAACAUGGCAGAACUGCAGGUGCCUAUUCAAACCAGCCCAGCCUAUUCUCUCUACAAGAAGAAAAAGAAACCACCAAAAUGCAGCCGUGACUUUGGUGACGCGCCCCCAGGCACGCAGGAGCAGCCCGGACCACCAGCGCCUGCAGAAGCCUCUUUUGCUAGCGCAGACUUUGGUCAGUACCUGUCAGAUGUUGUCAGAGACGCCGACCGUCACCUCCAGGCCGUACCCCAGGACUCGCUGCAGGUGUUCUGCACCGAGGGCGACAGCUCGGUUGCGAGCAGCCUGAGUACCCUCAGCUCUGCUGGGCCAGACGAGGGGGUGGUGUACGAUGACAUCAAAGCGUGGGGACCAAAGUUCGAGAAGCUGAGUGAACUGUACUCAUGUGUAGGUGCAGAAGGCCUGUAGAUUACCAGGCCAGCUUCACCGUUUCAGGAGCAAGGGUGCAGGACAGGUUUUCAUGCUCGUUUUUCUUUCCCCUGUUAUGGCAAGGCACUCAGAUUCCCACUAACAAGCCACACUUUGCAUCUAAUUGCGAAAUCCAGUAGUAGGACCUAACCUUGCAACAUUCUGGUCAUUUAUAUUUGGGGUUAUAAACUUACUGGAAACAGUAAAGGGACAACUUGGGGUACAUAGUCCUUCACACACAGUGUUUAAGAAAUAGAUUUUUUUUUUUGUUACUAAGCUAAUAAAGGACUCCCUGCGAGAUCCUGUGUACCUAAGCCAAGACGGUGCUCACAGUGUGAAGGAGGCAUGCUGUGGGCACGCAUUUCAGUAGGAGCUGUAGCAGUUAUUUGGACAAAGCACAUUGUCUUUUUCUUGUGGAAAUGAAGUCCAUGCUGUGUCACAUCCAUCUUGUUGCCCUGACUGAGCCUCAGUUAAAGCACCGGCUCGCUGAACGUGGUGCAGGUAGAGCCCAUGGAUCCAGGUAAAGGAAUGAAGCAGCACGGAUGGGGGUCUUUGAACUGUAGCUAUACCUUAAUGAUAUCACUUUUUGCUGUCACAUAAACACAGGAACUGAAUUUAGGCACAACACAUCGUCAGCUGCUUGCAACUAAAUACUUACCUUAACUGAAACCCCAGGUUUUCUAUGAGACUAGUCUCAAAGGUCACUAGUUAGGAAUUCCAGCAGCAAACACCACAGCUCACCGUCAUUUCUCAUUCCUAAUGGGCUACUAAAUUGAGCCUAAAUGAAGGACCAGCCUGAACAACAUCAUUUGCAUCUACAACGCCGCUCCUCGUGUUUUGCUAAACCGCCUUUCUCGUGUAAGAAUUGAAAGAAUUAGGUUUGAGGGGCUGGAGACUGACACUUUUAACAGCAGCACUAACCAACUGCAACUGCAGCCAAGUCAUGCCUUGCCAGAAGGGGCUGACUGAGGAUACAGAGGGAUUUUCAGUGAAGAAAAAACCCAGCAUCCCUUGGAUGUUGUCAAAAUACCUAGUGUUUUUAGGAUGUCAGAAGACUGACGGUCUUCCCUGUAUCAAAGAACUUCACCCAGCACUGGGACUUCUAAAACAAAACCCUGCCAAAAAUCUAAUAAUUCCAAGAUGGUGAUUUUCCAAAACUCAUGAUUGAUAGCACGUAUCACACAGGCCUCCUUCGGGCACGUUUUAGUAGAAAAUCACAAUCAACUGGGGACAGAGAAACCCAGGGAAAAAUCUAACAGUGGUUGCAGGGGGUGGAAUACUAUGCUUUAAAUUAUCACCCCCUUUUUCAGACCGUUUAAUGUCCAGCUAGUAUUCUGGAUUUUGUUUUAGGUUUGACUAUUUGGAAAAGAGAAGGCUACAAAAAAAAAUUUUUUUUGAGACCAUUUGUGUAUCUAAAUGGAGUAAAGUACAGCAAGAACAAUCAACAGGUUUGAUUCACAGAUGGUGCAUAGUCUAUGAUGAUUUUGGUGCUUUAGUCUAUGAUUUUGUAAUUUUACAAAUUUUGUAAAUUUACAAAUACCUGUGAGGAAACAGGCUAGAAUAUCCUGCAGUGUUCACAAAAGUCAGGUACGUCAGCUUCUGCAUUUCAUGAUCGUAGCAGUUGCAAACAAGAUAUGGAAAAUAAACUCAGCAUAUAUUAUGCACAAAAAUCUAUUCCUUCCCCAAACAGCAGUAAUUUUGUCUGCAUACCUCAUGUUCUUUCCAUAACUGUGGAUAUACUGUCAUUUUGGCUGGUUUUGAUUUAAUUUAGCUUGUAAGCUCCUUGGGGCAAGGACUGUCUGUUUGCCUGUGGAGUGUCAUGUGUCUCCAAGGCACCGUAUAAAUAAUAAAUAAGGCUUCUAUAUAUGUCUCUUCUUUGUAUAAAUUUAAGGUUGACUAAACUUGGACUGUUGAAUUAGUUCUUUCUCAGCUUUGAUCAGAUGCUUCCACAGCUGUGCGCCACGCGUGGUGUUCAGGCUGCCAAGCUGAGGGAAGCAGCAGUCGCCUCUCGCUGAUGUGUGGGCUCAAGCUCCAGUUCCACGCUCAGAACCCCCGUUGCCGUUUCCGAGCGUGGCCCAGCGCUGAGCUGGCUGGGGCCACAGGCGGUACUUGCCUCAGCCCGGGGCUCUUUGCCAGCUCUAGGAGGAAGCAAUACUUUACAGUCAACAGAAUUACUCGAGUUGUGUUACCCACAGCCAUAGUCCCUGUUCUGAGAUUUUAGGCACUGAGAAGCUGACGCGUGGGCUGCGCACUGUGAUCCAUAACGUCCACUGUGUGCGACAGGACACGUGCACCAGUACGGACGGUAAGUGGUCAAAAGAUCUCCAGGCUUGAUGGGCGGGACAAACCACAGCUCAAAACACUCCAGUUAUUUGCUGCCUUCUUCUUCCCCCGCCUGUGAUCUUAGUUCAUUCCC